CAAAACCCUUUCCUCUCAUCAUUUGCUCUCUCUCUCUCUCAAGUCUCAUCUCGUAUAGAUCACACAUAACUGAAGAGCACAAGAAAUAUUAAUGGAGGCAAUGAAGAUGAAGCUCUUCCUGGCGGUGGUGUUGGCGGCGGCGAUGGCCUUCUCCGCCGUGAAUCCGGCGGCUGCCUCCGUGGAAGCUCCGGCGCCGAGCCCUCCCUCCGGCGCUUCCUCCUUUGUUCCCGCUCUCUUCGCCUCCGUAGCCGCUUUGGCCUUCGGUUUGCUCAUCUAAGCAAUAUAUAUAUAUAU